AUGAAGCGAUUUUUCACUUAUUUACGUUCGGCUGUCGCUCAGCUAGACCAAGAUUAUUCGGCAUGUCGCAGAGCGGCAAAGAUUGACGGUGCGGAACGCGUUAUAGUAGAUUCGUCAGCAUUGCAUUGUCCAGUUUGUUUUUGUAUAUUUACUUCCGCACCAUUUAUCCUCAACUGUGGUCAUUCAUUUUGUCAGAAUUGUGUCAAGAAGCUUGUCGAGAAUUCAUAUUCCGAGCACAGCGCAAUUUUUGAAUGUCCUAUGUGUCGUCAAGUAACUUCCUCUGAAGCUCAUUUCACUAAAAAUUACUUAGCUGACGCUCUACUGCACUCAAUAUGCGAAAUUACUCAGAAUGAAAAGGAAAGCUCUGUGGAUUCUAAUUUAAGGAUUUCGUUUCAACUAAUUUCUCGAAAAUUUCUGGAAGAGCAGGAGAAAAACAGUAUUUUACGGGAGAAAUAUAAAGAAGAACGAGUUCGUAGUCGCCGAUAUCUUAUUUUUUUAAUCAUGGAAAGUGCAUUAUUGGUAGGUUCAGCGUUUUUAUACAAAUUAUUAUAUCGAAAAGCAUGGGAUAUCAUUCGUGAUUGUGGUUUUCCUGUUGUUCCAAGUGAGCAUUGGUUAUUUGGAAAUUUAAAUAUUAUGAAAUCAUAUUCCACUCAUUGGCAACUUUGCAAAUUGACCAGGAAAUAUGGCCGUACUUAUGGUCUAAUGCAAGGUUCCCAUCCAAUAAUCGUUACAUCGGAUCCGAAAAUUAUUUAUCAAAUAUGCAUUAAACAAUUCCAUUUAUUUCAUUCACGUACCAUGGAUCCAAAUGGUCCUCAUCCAGAUAUCAGUUAUGAGGUUCAUGAAUUUGCUGCACGAGGUGAACGAUGGAAACGAAUUCGAAGCUUAACAUCAAAAGCUAUUUCAAAUGAGAAUCUUCGAAAGCUAUUUUAUAUCAUGCAUGAUUCUGUAAAUCAUUUUAUAAUGGAUCUGGAAAAUGAAAUUACAUAUUCCAAGGUGUUGGAUCUUCAUCCCCGUUUCCAGAAGCUUACUUUCGAUAUUAUAUCACGAUGUUGCAUGGGCCGUCCAUAUAGCUGUCAACACGAUGAUGCAAAUCUUAAACUUUUGCUAAAAAAAUUUAGUCCAUUGCAAAGUUUCCAUCUUUCUUUCUUAUUUACAUGGUGUCUACCAGAUUUAAAAUGGAUAUUGUUAAUAUACGCCAAACUGUGCUUAUGUUUUCGUGCAGCUUUUCAUCUUGAUAUUGAUCCAUUAGUUACCUAUACAAAUUAUCUUCGCAAAGUUAUUUCAAUGAAUAUCAUUAAUCAGGAUCGUUCCAGUUUUCUAUAUUUUAUGAAAUGUGUCGAAGAUAAAAAAUGGGAUAAAUGGGAAGUGGAUGCUGAUCGACCGUGUCAUUUAUCAAGUAUGCAAAUUAUCCAGAAAUUGACGCCUGGAGAAAUUAUAAAUCAGUGUCGCUUUCUAACAUCGGCAGGAUUUGAUACAACAGCUAAUACUGUAGUCUAUUUAAUAUAUCUAUUAGCUAAAAACAGGAAAAAACAGGAAAAGUUAUACCAGGAAAUUGCAAUGUUGGAUGAAAUUACAUUCGAUAGUAUACAGCAUCUGAAUUAUCUUCAUUGCGCAAUUAUGGAAGCUCUUCGACUCUUUCCACAUGCUUCCCUAUUACAAUCUCGCGCUUGUGUUCAGCAAUGUAAGAUAGGACCAUAUACGUUUAAGAAAGAUGUUGGCGUCAUUUUUGACACCUGGAGUUUACAUUAUGAUGAAGAGAUAUGGGGAAGCGACGUCAGGGAAUUUAAGCCUGACAGGUUCCUAAACUGUACCACAAUUCAAAAGAGGAACUGGAUGGCCUUUGGUACUGGACCACGUCAAUGUAUUGGGAUGCGUUUUGCAAUGCUGGAAAUUAAAAUAAUAAUUUGUAGUUUGUUGAAGAAAUUCUCUUUUCAUGAAAUUGAAAACAUGAACGAGGUUGACUUCACUAAUGAAUUACCUUACGCACUGCUUGGCAAAAUAAAAUUUUCGGCGCCCUACAACAUAAGACUGAAAGAGUAG